AUGGAAAGAAGCGUUUUGGACACGAGGCACAUACAGUGGGCUUCUGAACUGCACUCCGAAUAUCGCAGCACUUACAGAUGGCACGAGUACAAGGAGCAGCAACAGCAGCAGGGGGUGGUGAAGCAGCCAGCACCCACUCCCCCCACUGCACUGCCGAUAGCACGCGGUCUAUUCACAGGGGCCAUCGAACCUGCUAUGCCUCGUCGCAAGAAGUAUCCAGGUGUAGCUUACAAGACGAACGAGCUGUUCGACCCGGCGCCUGCUGACGACAUUCGACCUCAACAGGCAUCCGCCUUCGAGCGCGCCCGGAGUGCUCAGAGGAAUGAUUCAGAGCGUGCCGGGAGACGCAGCAAGUCCGAAGGUCCGCGCCAACCACGCUGGACAGACACCGUGGAGCCUAAGGCGACUACAGCAUUGGGCGAAGUCCUAGCGGCGAAGGAGCCCGAAACUGUGAGCACCGAGUAUCGGAACCAGUUCGCAUGGCCUAAAGAUGAAGUGGUGCCGAGGAAGAGCAUCUCCAUGGGAGCACUCAAGAAAGCCGCUGUGGCUGAAGGGUUAGUAGAAGCAGAGCCUCUAAUGAAUCACGUGGAUGGAGAUCACGAAGACGGACCUAAACGCUACAUCGAAGACUAUCUGUGGAACGGCCAGAAACCAGGGGUACAGAGAAAAUCGACGUUCCGUAGCGCGCUAUCGGCCCUCAUAUACAACGGGGAGGAUCGGUCCAAAGAUAAUAGGAAACGUUACAAAAGCGAGUACAAAAAGAAAUUUAGACCGUUCUCUCAAUACGUGUACGAGGCGUCUAAAGGGACAUUUACAAAAUGCAGGGGGAAAGGGAAGUCGAUAGAGGAGGCGAGCGAGAGGUUGGUGGGGGACGCGGAGGGUGCGGGGGCGAGGGCGGGGGAUGCGGGGGUAGCGGGGCAGGGGCAGGGGACGGGCGGCGAGGACACGGCCAGCACGCUGCGCGCGGCCGGCCUGCAGCCGCUCGGACUCGCGCAGGGCGACUCCUGGUACCGCGAGGUCCUGGAUCUGCGCAAGCGAGCCGGCGAAUACAAGUACCGCGGCUGGGGAACCGAACUCGCUCCUGAACACAUCACUCAGCUUUACAAUAAGCAAAUCGAGCUCUGGUACCAAGUGUCCCGCCGGUCAUCGCUGUCGGCCCUAUCACUCGCUUCCACCAAUCACAAGGCUUUGCCUCGAGACGAGAAGGACGGCAAGGAGUCUAGAAACUUGUCUCCAAAGAAGUUCCGUUCUUUCCGCUCGGCGCCACACCAAUCCAUACACGCUAAGCUCCAGGAGACCAAGGCUCUAGAACGAUCUCCUCAUAAGACGUCUCCUCAGAAACAGAGGAAGAAGCUGCAAGGACACAGCUUCGACGAGGGAGCUGUUCAAGAUGGGGCGAAGUCCGAAGGUUCGUUCCGUUCCCCUCGCCGCCGACCACGCUCCGCUGACCCCGCGCCCGCGCCGCCUCGUGCUGCCACCGACGCCGAGCGCCCGCACAAGCCCACCGGUUUGCCGUUAAGUAGGGGGAGUAGUAGUAGAGUUAGGUCGACAUCGCGGGGGGGCCGGUCGCCCUCCGCCCCAAGCAAAACGGGGACAAGAUUAGUGAAUGGGGCCGUUGAGGCAAACGGGGCAGGACUUGUUAACGGGACCACACCACCGGCCCGACGAAGCCGGAGCGUCUCGAAAGUGGGCAUAAAACUGGAUGAUGACAUCCCAAAUCAUCGCAGCGCAUCUGUAGCCAAGGACCACUUCUUCGAUGAUUCCCCGAUAGUAAAGUCUCCUCCGGAGCCGACCCGGGUCAAGUCUCCAGAACAGAUGAACAUGCGUUCUCCAGACCCUGUCAACUGGACCGUGCCCUUGGACACCGGGAAGACGUUCACCGUGACACAGAACGUCAAAAGCGAAAUCGCUCCAAUUCAUCAUCAGCAAAUGUCUCCGAUACGUUCGCUCAAGAAGAGCGAGUCUCCGACCAGCUUGAGCAAACGGACUGACAAAACACCCACCACCCCCAUCAGCCUCACGCCCAUCGAUGAAACGAAGGCUCUGGAUCUGAACAAAGUUAACGGCGUUAACGGUUUGAACAGCAACCAGCUGACUCCGGAAACACCGCUCCAGGAGCACCUCGCUGAGAAGGAAGUCAUUAAAAAGUCGACUGAAGCAACUCAGGUCGCACCGGGAGUAGUGGAUACUACUGUAGUCAAUGAGACGCCCACUGGUGGCCUAACCGCCUCCGAGGUCCUAGACAGAGCUCGCACGAGGUUCGACAAGUUUUGGGGCAAGAAAGAGGACGACGUUUAA